UUGUAGAAAGAACGGUGUGCUUUAAUAAAAACAAAUUAAAAAAUAAUUAACAAAAUGAUUAGUAGACAAAAGAUCUUCGUAGGCGUAUUAUUAUUGGCAAUAAUCGCGACAACUGUAGACGCACUAACGCCAGUUCGAAAAUGUGGCAAUGGAAAAUCCUUACCUCUAAGUGUGCAAGUGAAUGAUUGCAAUGAAUUACCUUGUGAUUUUUGGAAGGGUACUAACACCCACAUGGCCAUACAAUUUGUAGCCACUAAAAAUUUGAUGUCUUCAAUCCGUUCCAAAGUUCAUGUCACGACUAUGGGUAUGGAACUUCCUCAGGGUUUGCAAGAGGAACAAAGCAAUGUUUGCAAAAAUUUGAUGUUUGGUGCUUAUUGUCCAUUGUAUAAGGAAGAGGAUGUAGUUUAUCAUUUGACUAUGUCAGUUCAAGAAGCAUUACCAGAAGUACCUGUAAGAGUUGAAGUGUCAUUAAUCGAUGAAACUGAUGAUGAAGUUAUUGCCUGUUUUAUUACUGAUGGACGAGUUAAAAAGUAAAGACUAGUAAUCGCUUGCAAAUAUUUCGAAGACUGCUUUAUUUACUUUUUCUUUUCCCAAAUAAGCAAAUUUGUUGGUUUUGGAAAGAAGAGUAAUUCGUUAGAUAUAGAGACUAAAUUACUCAUAACUUAGACUUCGUAUUUAUAAGCUAUUAUAGACAAUAAGUGUUAGUAAUAAGCAUAGUAAAGUAGUAGAAGCCAUUAUAUA